AGCCCUGCACAUACAGGAGAGACUAGCCAGCUGUGGACAGUCACCUCGGACCAAACUCAAGAUCAUCACGAAGAGUUGGGGCAUUGAGAACUUUAUCUCUUCAACCCUCCUGAGGAACAUGAGGGAAAAGGAUCUGAGAAAGGCCAUUGGCUAUCACAUGAAGAAGAGCCAAUCACAGGAGCCAAAGCAGAAGGUGCUGUCGGCCAAUCAGGCGAAGAUUAACUACCUGGAGGAGCUGUGUGACCUCAAGUCCUUUGGCGGGAAGUCCUUCAGCGCCACCAUGAUGCUCCAGGACAGAGAGUCGAUGGUGAGCCUGUUGGUGGGGUCGCGGUACGGUAUCAGUCAGGUGGUGAACCACAAACUGAGCAUCAUGACCACCCUCACAGAGUUCAGCAGUAUCACACGCAUAGAGCUGCUACCAGAGUCUGACCGCGUCAGUCUGGUCAAGAUAUAUCUACAGGACAUCAAGCCGAUCACCCUGUUGUUGGAGUCAGUAGCAGCUAAGGAACUGUCCUGUCUGGUGGCAGGGUACUGUCGUGCCCUAGUGGACCCCAGCCUCAUCAUCUUCCCCUGGACACAGGACGGCAAGCAGCACCGCGUGUCUGCCGAGGAGGGUAUGCUACCACACACACACACACACACACACACACACACACACACACCAGGUCUCUGCUGA